CCGGAGAUUCAGGAGAAUCUUCAGGCGGAGAUCGAUCGGGUGGUGGGAAGAUCGAGAUUUCCAACAAUCGACGAUCGCAAAAAUAUGCCGUAUGCAGAGGCGACGAUUCGCGAGACCAUUAGAAAGGGAACUGUGAUUCCUUUGGGAGUGGGACGGAGGGCCACUAAGGAAACGACGCUCGGCGGGUAUCUGAUACCGGAAAACACCCUCCUGUUGCCGAACAUCUGGGGACAUCAUAACGACCCGGAGUUCUGGGGCGAUCCGGAGAACUUUCGACCCGAACGUUGGAUCGAUUCCGAUGGAAAGUUGAUGCGAAAGGACACCACUUUCGGGUUCGGAGCUGGGAAGAGGCUGUGCGCUGGUGAAACUUUCGCCCGCAACACGAUGUUCCUUUUCCUCACUGGUCUCAUGCAGAAUCUCACGUUCGCUCUACCGGCCGGGCAAAAGUUGCCCGACUUCGAGAAUCAGUUGAACGGGAUUUCGCUCUCGCUUCCAGACUACUGGGUCGAAGCUAUACCCAGAUAAGCGUUCGUUUCUUCUUCAACAUUCAAUAAUUUUGAUGCACGUGUAGUUAAAUUAGUGUAAAUCUUUGAUGAACGAUGGGACGGACGGACACACAUUCAAAUCAAUAGUACCGCUCACAAAUGAACACGAAUAAAUGUAUAUUGAUACAGAUUGAUACACAUUACUUGAAUACAUAAAUAAUAUUAAUAUAUUUCAAUAAUAAAUUCGCAAUAACCCUGUUCGAUUCGAUUCACUUGCAAUGAACACUACAAAUUACAUUCAAUAUCGACUUGAAAACGACAUUAGAGAAUCAAUUGUAUUGUAGCGUAAUUCUUGACUAGGGUUGAUGUAAAUUUUGAUUUAGACCAGGAAUUUUAAUUUCCAAUUUAUGUUUAUCGCAAAUUUAUCUGAUAAGAAAUUAUUCAAGUUUCAAUUACUGCCAUGAUGGUGCAAUGCUUUGCAAGUGAAAACGACAAAGAUCUACAACUACUUUGCAGAUUUCUUCAAAGGUACUCGAUUCCUAAAAAAAAUAAGGAACAAUACUUACGUGCAUUGUUGGUGAUCUAACCUCUGAAGACAUGCCCGCACAUUGCAGAAACUUGAAGUUACCACUUGCGAUCUUCACCAAAUGGCAAAUGUUAUAUAACUUCAUAUAUUUCGAUAAAUCUACGAACAUUUCAUCGACGAUAAACAUUUCCUUCCAUAAAAAACAGUAUCAAUACUAAUAAUGUCAUAUCUAUAUCAACAACAAAUACAAAUCAUGUCCAGAGAAACGCACGUCACGUUUCAAAUUCAAUAUGUAAUAACAUAUAUGUUAUGUUUUCAUAUAUAUUUAAAAGAUUCAUUCUUUUCAAUCGCAGAGAUUUCUUUGUUUGCUUUUUUAUCUUUUCUCUCAAAAUAUAAAUAAAUUGGAAAUACAUAGUACAUA